CCUCUCCCGCGUCCCUUCUUUUCCCCUCGAUCGUGUUUGUUCCCUUUCCAUCGUUCAUAACUUGCUCCUGGUUCGACCUGGGUCGCUGUUGGAAUUUGUGUCGGCCCUGGUUGUUUGCUGUUGUUUUUCUUUCUCUUUAUUCGCGACUUGACGCGCUGUACAGUCUCCGAUCUCUAUCAAUCUAUCGCUCCCCUGUUCUCCUCGGGGUUUCCUCUUGUGUGUUUCUGACCGCUGUGGCUGUGGCGGUACCGCAUCUCUUGUCACUGCACCAACCCUUUGGGGUACUAACGAACGACCUCCUUUUUGUUUCAUUCCCUCCCUAUUUUUUUUACUUUACUUUUUCCUUUCGCCUUCUUUUUGUUAUAUUUAGUCUGGGGUAAACCUGAUCCAGUUUCUACACGAUUCCCCAACUUCUCUUCCACCUUUUCCCUGGAUAUCAUAAAAUCGCCCAUCACAAUGUCUUGGAAACUCACCAAAAAAUUAAAGGAAACCCACCUUGCUCCUCUAACGCAAACCUUUACCCGGUCGUCAUCCACAUCAACGAUUAAGGGCGAGUCCGGCGAAGAGACCCCCGUGGCUUCGCAGACUCCGACUCCGAUGAUUUCAACAUCGAAUGUCAACGGGAUCAAUGCCUCGGAAUCUCUCGUGUCUCCUCCCGUGGCCCCCGUUAAGCCCGGUAUCUUGAUCGUCACCCUCCACGAAGGCCAGAAUUUUGCCCUUUCCCCACACUACCAACAGAUCUUCAAUUCCCAUUUCCAAAACAAUAACUAUGCUAUGCGCCCCAGCUCCUCAUCUUCUCACUCCGCUCAUGGUCAGGCGGCAUCAUUCGUCCAUAACGGCCGUCCUCAGUCGACUAGCGGGGGUAUCAAUGCCGCCCCGACAAUCCAUGGUCGGUAUUCGACUAAGUAUCUUCCCUACGCCCUGUUAGAUUUCGAGAAGAAUCAAGUUUUUGUCGACGCAGUUUCAGGGACACCCGAAAAUCCCCUCUGGGCCGGAGAUAACACGGCUUUCAAGUUCGAUGUGUCCCGUAAGACGGAAUUGAAUGUUCAGCUGUACCUCCGGAAUCCGGCCGCCCGGCCUGGUGCCGGUCGUAGUGAGGAUAUCUUCCUCGGUGCAGUGAAAGUACACCCGCGUUUCGAAGAAGCACCUCCGUUCGUGGAGGACCCCAAGCUCAGCAAAAAGGACAACCAGAAGGCGGCUGCGGCCCAUGCAGCCCAGGGACGCCAUCUGGGCCAAUUGGGCGCAGAGUGGUUGGACCUUCAGUUUGGUACUGGUUCGAUUAAGAUCGGUGUUUCGUUUGUCGAGAACAAGCAGCAAAGCUUGAAGCUAGAGGACUUCGAAUUGUUAAAGGUCGUGGGUAAAGGUAGUUUUGGCAAGGUCAUGCAGGUCAUGAAGAAAGAUACGGGCCGUAUCUAUGCCCUCAAGACGAUCCGCAAGGCUCACAUCAUUUCCCGGUCGGAAGUUACGCACACCCUUGCGGAGAGAUCGGUGCUUGCACAGAUCAAUAAUCCUUUCAUUGUCCCCUUGAAGUUCUCCUUCCAGUCACCUGAAAAAUUGUAUUUCGUUCUCGCCUUCGUAAACGGUGGAGAGUUAUUCCACCAUCUCCAACGAGAGCAGCGUUUUGAUAUCAACCGUGCCCGUUUCUACACGGCUGAGCUGCUUUGUGCAUUGGAAUGUCUGCAUGGCUUCAAGGUCAUCUACCGUGAUCUCAAGCCGGAAAAUAUCCUUCUCGACUAUACGGGACAUAUUGCCCUUUGUGAUUUCGGUCUAUGCAAGCUAGACAUGAAGGAUGAGGAUCGGACAAACACAUUCUGUGGAACACCUGAAUACCUUGCGCCUGAGCUGCUGCUGGGCAACGGAUACACAAAGACUGUCGACUGGUGGACGCUGGGUGUCCUCCUCUAUGAGAUGUUGACGGGUCUUCCCCCAUUCUACGAUGAAAACACCAACGAUAUGUACCGCAAGAUUCUACAGGAGCCCUUGACUUUCCCCAGCACUGAUAUCGUUCCCCCCGCCGCCCGGGAUCUUCUCACACGGCUACUCGAUCGUGACCCACAACGUCGUUUGGGUGCCAAUGGUGCCGCGGAGAUUAAGUCGCAUCAUUUCUUUGCCAACAUUGAUUGGCGCAAGCUACUCCAGCGAAAGUACGAGCCAAGCUUCCGACCCAACGUGGUUGACGCGCGUGACACAGCCAACUUCGACCGGGAAUUCACUUCAGAGGCACCUCAAGAUUCAUACGUGGACGGACCCGUUUUGUCCCAGACUAUGCAGCAGCAGUUUGAAGGCUGGUCUUACAAUCGCCCGGUUGCUGGUCUUGGAGAUGCUGGCGGCAGUGUCAGGGACCCAUCUUUCGGCAGCAUUCCCGAAUAAACGGAAGCCUUUUCGUUGCAUUAGCACUGGGUUAUUUCAAGCCGAAGCGCGGUCUGAUGUGUGUUUUAGUCUGUCCUCCUUUUGAGCACAAGGAGUCAAUGGCAUCUGUGUUGGAACCCUUUCUCUGGUGAUCUCAACUGAGCGCUUUUCAUCUGCUUUUCAUUUCUAAUCACGGCUGGUCCAAGGCAGUCUGUUUAGGAGACCUCUGGUUUAGAACAUUUCUUAGCGAUUUUUCACUACUCUAUUCCCGCAUAUCCCACCCAACCCCUUUUUUUUUUAGUUUUUUAUCCUCUUCCGGGCUGGAACGAUUCGGACAAUUUCUUUGUUUCUUUGACAUAACUACUGCAUAGACAACAAUGGAUCAUCUACUAG